AUGUCUCAACAUGCUGGUUAUCUCGGAGGGUUUAUGCAUGACGAGAGUAAUGUGGUGCCAUCGUGUAUUGUGGAGGUUGCUCCGAUCCUUCUUGUAGCAAAUAACGUAGAAGCCAAGAACCCGCGUGUUGCUUACUUAUGUCGGGCUUAUGCGUUGGAGAAGGCAAACAUGAUUGAUCCCACAUCAAGUGGACGUGGUGUUAGCCAGUUUAAGACUGCUCUUCUUCAACGCUUAGAACGGGAGAAUCAAUCAACUCUUGCAGGAAAGCAAAAGAAUGAUACAAUCGAAGUGCAAAGUUUAUACCUCGCUCAACUUAAAAGGGCAUACCAAACUGCUGAUGUUCUCUUUGAAGUCUUGAAGAUUGCUAAUCAGACAGAAGAUGUGGAAGUGGCUGAUGAGAUUUUGGAAGCCCACAAAAUGGUCGAAGAAAGUAAGCAAAAUUUGCGUGCCUUAGAGCCAUCUUCCCCAUGA